CUCCGGGCCGCGGCGCUCCCGGCCGGCAGCUGCGGCGGCGGCAGAGGAAGUUUCCGCCUUGCACUCCACCCCGUAGCUUGGCCGAGGGGACAGCUUCCUCCAGACGCUUGGCGGGCUGUGCUGCCGCCGCACGUCAGCCCGGUCUGAUCAUGGGACUGCCCAAGGGGCCGGAGGGCCAGAGUGUCCCGGAGGUGGAAACGAGAGAAGAUGAAGAACAAAAUGUCAAGUUGACUGAAAUUCUGGAACUCUUAGUUGCAGCUGGGUAUUUCAGGGCAAGAAUUAAAGGUUUGUCACCUUUUGACAAGGUAGUGGGAGGAAUGACUUGGUGCAUCACCACUUGCAACUUUGACAUAGACGUUGAUUUGCUCUUUCAGGAAAACUCUACUAUAGGUCAAAAAAUAGCUCUAUCAGAAAAAAUUGUCUCAGUCCUGCCAAGAAUGAAAUGUCCACACCAGCUGGAGCCCCACCAGAUCCAGGGAAUGGAUUUUAUUCACAUAUUUCCUGUUGUUCAGUGGCUGGUGAAACGAGCUAUAGAAACAAAAGAAGAAAUGGGUGACUACAUCCGUUCCUACUCUAUAUCCCAGUUCCAGAAAACCUACAGUCUCCCUGAGGAUGAUGACUUCAUAAAGAGAAAAGAAAAGGCCAUCAAGACAGUUACUGACCUCUCAGAUGUUUACAAGCCUCGCCGGAAAUAUAAACGCCAACAGGGAGCAGAGGAGCUGCUUGAUGAAGAAUCUCGAGUCCAUGCUACACUUUUGGAAUAUGGCAGGGUUACUGAUGCCUUGGUGAGAUACGGAUUUAGCCGCCAGAGCAAAACAGAGAAGGCUGAGGACAAGAAAGGAGCACUUCCCACGGGGCUGUCGGCAGCAGAAAAAGCUGAUGCCCAUGAAGAAGAUGAGCUCCGAGCGGCUGAAGAGCAGCGUAUUCAGUCACUGAUGACCAAGAUGACCGCCAUGGCAAAAGAGGAGAGCCGACUCACCGCAAGCUCCGUGGGCCAGAUCGUGGGACUCUGCUCUGCCGAGAUCAAGCAGAUUGUGUCUGAGUAUGCAGAGAAGCAGUCUGAGCUUUCAGCUGAAGAAAGUCCAGAAAAAUUAGGAACCUCCCAACUACAUCACCGGAAAGUUACUUCCUUAAACAAGCAGAUUAUGCAGAAGACCAAACAUCUUGAAGAGCUGCAAGCAAGUCAUACCAACCUGCAAGCCAGAUAUAAUGAAGCAAAGAAAUCACUGACAGAGCUGAAGAGUUAUAGUGAGAAACUGGACAAAGAGCAAGCAGCCCUUGAGAAGAUAGAAUCCAAAGCCGAUCCAAAUAUUCUGCAGAACUUGAGAGCACUUGUAGCCAUGAAUGAAAAUCUGAAAAGUCAGGAGCAGGAGUUUAAAGCACAUUGUCGAGAGGAGAUGACACGGCUGCAGCAGGAAAUUGAAAACCUCAAAGCUGAGAGAGCACCAGGCGGAGAUGAAAAGAACCCUUCCAGUGGAGAGCCACAUAGUGCCCGGACCUCAGUGAUGACUCAUGAGGAAGACCUAGACAGACGAUAUAAUAUGGAGAAAGAGAAACUCUACAAGAUACGUUUGCUACAGGCUCGAAGAAAUCGAGAAAUAGCAAUUUUGCACCGCAAGAUUGAUGAAGUGCCCAGCCGAGCCGAGUUAAUACAGUAUCAGAAGAGAUUUAUUGAACUCUACCGCCAGAUUUCAGCAGUGCACAAAGAAACCAAGCAGUUCUUCACUUUAUAUAAUACCCUGGAUGAUAAAAAGGUUUAUUUGGAAAAAGAGAUUAGCCUGCUGAACUCAAUUCAUGAGAACUUCUCACAAGCCAUGUCCUCCCCUGCUUCCCGGGACCAGUUUUUACGUCAGAUGGAACAGAUUGUAGAAGGAAUUAAGCAAAGCAGAAUGAAGAUGGAAAAGAAGAAGCAAGAGAACAAAAUGAGAAGAGACCAUUUGAAUGACCAGUACUUGGAACUGUUAGAAAAACAGAGGCUAUACUUUAAGACUGUGAAAGAGUUUAAGGAGGAGGGCCGCAAGAACGAGGUGCUGUUGUCCAAGGUGAAAGCCAAGGCCUCCUGAACAUCCGCAGCCAUCAUUGUAUGUCUUCGAUUUUUGUUUUUUAAAUACCAUAUAUCUACUACAAGAUCAUGAAAUGGUUCUGAAAGCGACAGUAGAGAGAUGCAGGUGUAAUGAUUUCAACGCCCUGGAUGUUUUCUUUCUCUUUGCUUCCAUUUCAUCUCUGUGUUGGCUGCUGUUGAUGGAAUCAGACAGUGUAAACACUGGCUUGGAUAACACCCAUCAUCUCUGAAGAAACAUGGGCAGAACUUGUUCUCUGUGUUGAUUCAACUCUCAUUUCUCCAGUAACAUUGCACUUAGGAGGUACCUGUACUUGUAUGGACGCUGAAUAAAGAAAAAUGCAUUUGUUUAGCAAGUAUUAACUGAGCAGCCACUGAGAAGUGAGCACCAAGGGAGAGCCAGAGAAGUAAAAAACAGUUCCUACCCCUCAGGCAUCCAGCAGGUGGCCGGGGAAGCAGAUGUGGCUACCAGAUCCCAGAGCUUGGCCGUCUGAGACUUUUUUCAGUGAACAGAAGGCUUUUAGCUGCAUGAUCAGCCCAUGUGAGUGUCAGUCCCUUGGGCCCUUCACCUGCUUGUGCUGCCUUUUGUUCCUGGCUCUUCCAGGUGCCGGCCAGCAGGCUUGGAUGGCAUAGCAACUAGAAUGAAAGCUCGGUGUUGUUGGCUUAAUCCUAAUACGUCACUCAAGUUUAUUUCCCCAAAAAUAAAUUGAAAAUAGGAUGCUUUGAGGAUGCUUCAAUAAAAAUUACACCUUCCCUUACCCCAAUUGUCAUUCAAGUCACAGGCAACACGUGGAUGGACCUGUGCACCCCCCUCAUUGAAGGCACAUCCCGUAUGCCUGCGCUGUAGACAGGCCGUGGUCUGACAAGGAGAGAGAUGCACACUAUCCACUGCACUCAGGGCAGCAGAGUGAAGACAAUAAGCGGGCCCCACAGGGGGUCAGGAGGAAGAGGAGUGGGGUUUUCAGAGAUCCAGGGAGGCUUCAUGGAGGAGGCAGCAUUUGUGUUAAAUCUGAAGGGGGAAUAGGACGUUAAUGAGCAGAGAUAGGAAGCAAGGCCAUUUUAGAUGAAGAUCAUUUUAGAUGAUCACUAUAAUUAAAAACUCAAGAGGGUGUGGGGGAUACAGAGCACUCAUUCUGGGAGAGGAAGGGACAAGCUGGUCUCUGCACGAGACUCUGGAGAACAGUCUGGAAAGAUGGGCUGGGGCCAGACUUUGGAGGGUCUUGAAGGGUAGCUGAGGGGUUAACUUUAUCCUUGGAAGUGAGUGGUGUAAAACAGAGGUCUUCCUGUGCUGGCCCUCAGGAGUCCCACUCAGUCAUGUGUGGUAAACACCAGCAGGAGGCUUGCGCUUCAUUCUACAUAAACCUCACACGCAUACCAGUGAGCAGGUUUGGACAUAAAACAUAAAAGCCUAAAUGUGUCAGGCAAAUGAGACAUUCAGCACAGGCACAGAAAUAUUGUGUUCAUUUUUAGUUCCCUUAUGCAUAGCUAAUGUGUACAGAUUUAAAGAUAAUAAUAAUAGAUUAAUGACGGCCACUGGUUUCUGUGUGAGGGCCAGCGAGGCCUGCAUGAGCCAGGUGGAAGCAGCAGUGUCCAAAGUGGCACUGCCAUGUGCCGGAGCUUCCCGGGCUAUGUGCAGCUCCACCUUGGCUGGUCCCUGGGCCAGGGUCAUGUGAGGGUUUUGAAAGGGCUCAGCAAAGUUGAAGCAAGUAAUUGUAAAAGAACAGCUAGCGCUUUGAGACCAGGGGAAGGAGGCAGCAGUUUGAUUGAAAUGAUUUCAAGUCCAGAGGCUUGUCUCCUUUGCCUUGAUACAUGCUCAUAGCGCCACCCCUGGCUGACUGAACUUUGUGAGCAGUUAGACUAUUUGACUGUCCACGGGUGGUAGGGAGGCAGGAGCAGGUGGCAUUCUGAGGUUACCAGAGUCCACCUCUCUGCGUUGUUGAAGAAAGUAUGGCAUGACUAAUCCACACCAACCAAUAAUUCUGUUUGAAAGUAGAGACAUACAUUUUGGGCUGUGUUUCUCAAGGGUUUCAUCUGGUUUGCUUUUGGUGUAGAGGUGCCUGUAGAUAUCUUUUCCCUUUUCUUAAUCCGCAAGGCCUAAUACAAAUAUAAAAUCAAUGUUUUUGUUGCAUGAACACAUUUUGAAUUAGACUGCAGAAGCCAGUUUUAGGAAUUCCACAUUUUCUGCAGACAACCUGCAGCAUGAAUGGUGCCUUGUAUGUAAUUAGGACAUUAUGUGGGUUUUACAGUCAGGCUUCACGGGAGAUACCCCGAGUCCCCUGAUGCUUUUUUAAAACAUUUGCUUCAAGAGGAACCAGGUUUCCCCAGGAAGCAGAGAGUUCUCCCAGCUCAGUUAGCCCAGAGAACUUGCUAGCAGCCAGGCUGCCACAGCUGGCUGCCUGGUGCCCUGGAUUCUCAGCCAGCCUCUGGGUUGGGGGCUACCCUCUUACCCGCAUGCUUCCCAAGAGUACAUGGGGCUGCCCUGCUUUAAACCAGAAUCAGAGCUGCUGUGAGCAAGUAAAGACGAGAUGAUCAUGAGAUACCUGGGGAGACAAGGACAUUUUUUUGUAGUCUCCUUGGCCUGUGGUCAGUCUCUCCUGGAUAACUAACUGGUGUCUGGCGAUACUGCUAGAGAGAGGUGCAGAGUGUUAGAAAACAUUUGCCAGAGUCACACACAUGAGCUUGUGUUUUAACAGAGGGCAGAUUCCAAGUUUGUUAGGCAUAGCUCUUGUCAGAGUCUAAAGUUCAUAGUUGUAUCUGGGUUCUGGUAUGUGGCUCAUACUUUGAGGAUAGCCAGGUCCUGCCACAGCGUCUACUGAGCCUGGCAGCACAACCAGAAGGCAGAAGGGCAGGUACAGGUCGGAGGUCUCUCCCUUGCCUGACAACACUGUAGCCCUUGGGACCUCUGGAAACCUGAGCAGAGGGUGGGAAAGGCCUUCAGGCAGCCCUCUUACUACCUCACAAAGUGCCAUUCCCGUGACCUUGGGGUUGUGACACUGACAGGCCCUGGUCAUUGUCUGUAGUGACCAAAGCAGCACAGUUUGGACAGUGAGCAGUGGCCAUAACUUGUGCCCUCCGCAUGUCUGAUGCUUUGGAUGGUCUUACCUGGUCCACUCUGCAGGGAACUGAAGAUCAGUUUGAGGGAACUCACCGUUCUAGCAGUCAGUGUUAACAGUGACUUUGGCUGAACCGAGUCCCCUGUUUUGAAAUGCAGGUAGUUUACUUGAAGCAUGCUUUGAGGAAGAACACUCUAAGGAGGUGCUUUAUGAUUUACUCAUGGCCAAUACUGGCUUCAAGGUAAAAGAACAUCUUAAUACAGACUAGUACAGGGAAGAGCCCAGUAGGAUGGGGUGCCGUUAUCUGUCCAUUAUCUGGCUGGGCAUUGCCAGGGGAAGUGCCUUGUUUGAUCCCCCAUGCCUUCUCUUGGUCCUUGUCACCGCACAUGGCAAUGGGCUGAAAAUGCUCUGUAAAAAAUGAUGCUACAACAGUCUCUCCUCUUCUCACAAUAAAUAUAUUGUAUAAAAAUAUCAGGGGGGUUAGUACCUGGUCUGCAGCAUACUUAACACGGGGAACGCUGUGGGUGCUCCACGCCAGCCUUACGUCAGUUCCCCAGACAUACCAAGCUCACAUCUGCCUGUGGCCAUGGCCCUGCUGUCCCCUCUGCCUAGACUGCUGUCCCCUCCAAGGUCUUAGGCAGUGGCUUCCCCUGACCACCUAAGACACAUGCAAACCCAUUUAACUCGGCCCCAGCCCUGAUCACACUGUGCCCUCCCCUGCAGUUUGUGUUGAUGGCACAUGUCACUGUGCAGAUCUCUCCGUUGCCUGCCCUCCCUUCUGGAAUGGAAGAGCAACAAAAGCGGGGGCCUUGCUUGUCUCCCCACAUCUAGCUCAAGGUAGAUGAUCAGGAAAUUCUGGUGAGAUAAAAUGGCUUCUCCGAAUUCCAACUUUGCAUCCCUAUGUUAGCAUAAUUUAGAUUUAACCCUUCCUCUAAUUUAUGCUUAGUUUAAGAACAGGUAGACGGUUCUAUUUAUUGACUUUAGAGGAUCUCUCGUAGAGUGUUUGUUAUACUCUGACCUUAAAGGAUGGGAUGAAAAAAGCUGUCAGAGGUUUCAAACCUUUCAAAGGAAUUACCUUUUACAAAUUUUCUUUCUCCCCAUGAAGUGGGGAGCAAACAGAAAAGGGACCACAAAAAUGUCAGAGAUAAGGUAUGUUUUGGCUCAAAAUGUGUCAUGAAUCUAAAAGUAACUUGGCUGGUAGAAAUGUCUCAGUCACAUGAAACCAAGAAGUGGGACAGCACUGCAAGGCUGUGGGAGUAGCCCUCGCAUAUGGUGUUGGCAAAGUGUGAAUUGUACAAGUUCCAUGGAGGACAGUUGUACAGUGUCUAUCCAAAGUGCAAAGGCAUAAACGUUUUGAACCAGCAAUGCUACUUCUAAGAAUUUUUCCUGUGUUCAAGAAUUUUUAUUGAAACAUUGUAAUAGCAAAAGUUGGAAAGUACCACCAAUAUGGGGAAAUGGUUAAAUAGGUUAGGGCCAGUCCAUACAAUGGAAUAUUUUGCAGAAAUUUAAAAGAAAGGAGUGUGUACUGCCAUGGAGUGAUCCCCAAGAUACAUGGUUAAGUGGGGGAAAGAGGCUCGUGGUAUACUAAUGCUUGGGAUAGAGGAAAGUGUGUGUCUGUAGAUGUGUAUGUACAUUUACACACAUGUCUAUCACAUAUGUCUGCUUGCAUAAGCCUAGAAUAUCUCUGGAGGAUACCCAGCAACCUGGCAGCCUUGGUUGCCUCUGGGAAGAGGGAUGGGAAUUACUUUUCAAUGUACACCUUUUGUACCUUUUGAAUUUUAUACCAUGUACAUGUGUUAUCUAUUCAAAAAUAAAUAGUUUUUAAAAUUUUAA